AUGACGGCAGAGCAGAGAGUUCUUUUAGUUGUGACCGCGGACUUGGUGAGUUCUGUGGACAAAAUUAAGCAGCUCACUGCAGAAUACCCGAAUGCAGAUGUCCACCAGCAGCUUUUGGAGCGCCUGGAGGUCUCUGCGGUACAUAUCCCGCCACAGAGCUUCGACUUGGUGCGCAUUGUCGGUGCUGAGCGCACCGAAAUCGGUGGCACGGCAGCCAGUGCUAUUUAUGAUGCCAUGAAGCCCAAUGCGCACUUGGUUGGCGCCGUGAAAAACGAGUCCGUGCUUGUUCUGAACGGACUCGUCAAGGAGGGCGACAAGUGGACUAAAUACGUACAGAAAGCCCCAACUGUGUUGCUCAGUCGCAAGCCCAAGACCGGAACGUCCAACAAUCUAUUCAAGCGCAAGUUCGAUCGCGCGCCGCCGAGCGCCCUGAAUGCCGAUUUGCCGCCGCUCGACAAGAUGGAGUCAUCGCCUGAAUCGGACCUUAUUGACGAAGAUGAUCUCGUGGAUGGCGCCGAUCCCGCGCAUGUGUAUCCGGCCAAAUGUAAUCCGGAUGGAAAGCGCCGCAGAGCAUGCAAAGACUGCACAUGCGGGCUCCGGGAAAUCGAAGAAAAAGAGGAGGCCAGCGCCCGCCAGCGACAAGCAAUCAUUCUUACCUCUGACGACCUCGCCGAGAUUGAUUUUACGGUCCCUGGCAAGGCUGUAGGUGGAUGCGGCUCUUGUGCCCUCGGAGAUGCCUUCCGAUGUGACGGCUGCCCCUAUUUGGGAUUGCCUCCUUUCAAGCCCGGAGAAGUCGUUUCUCUAGACCAAUUUGGAGACGACUUUUGA